AUGGGGGUCAUCUCAGAACUGAAGGUGUGGGUGCCCUGGGGCCACAUCUGGGGCUCCCUGCAGGGGCCACCAGUGCUGUGCCUCCAUAGCUGGCUGGACAAUGCCAACUCCUUCGACAGGCUCCUCCCUCUCCUCCCUCAAACCUUCCAUUAUGUGGCCAUGGAUCUGGGGGGCCACGGCCUCUCCUCCCAUCAUCCUCUGGGGCUCCAGUACCACAUGCAGGACUACGUGAACAAAGUGCGCAGAGUGGCGGCAGCCCUGAGUUGGACGCGCUUUUCCUUCCUGGGCCACAGCUUUGGGGGCAUGAUCGGGAGCAUGUUUUCCUGCAUCUUCCCCGAGAUGGUGGACAAACUGAUCCUGCUGGACUCCAUUCCCUUCUUCCUGGACACGCAGGAGCUAAGGAACCUUCUGACGUACAAGCGGCGCGCCAUCGAGCACGUGCUCUCCACGGAGAACCUGCAGUGAAGAACCCCCCCCUCUCCCCCCCGGGUGCUCAAGCGGGAGGAGAUGCUGACGAGCUUCCUAAAGCACAACAUCCAAGUGGGCGAAGAGUGCGGCAAACUCCUGCUGGAGAGAGGAACCACAAAGGUGGCCAGCGGCGUGACGCUGAACCGAGACCGGAGGCUGGGUCAGCCGGAGAACACCUUCGAUUUCCUUAGCCAGGUCCAGGCCACGUCCUUUUGCCAGAAAAUUCAGGCCCGAGUGCUUCUCCUCAAGGCCAAAGGCGGAUACAGUUACUUCAGGCCAAGUGACCGGGAGCACAAGGACUCCACGAAGCAAGUUCAAUUUUUACUACAGAGCAUCCUCAAGGAGCGCUGCCAGAUAGUCUUGGUGGACGGCAACCAUUACGUCCACAUGCAGGAGCCCCACAAGGUGGCGGGGAUCAUCACUUACUUCUUGGAGAAUGAGGGGCCAGUCCAGGACCAUCUGUAGCACCCUGCCCCCCCUCAGUCCCACCCCCACCAUUCGUGUCAUGCAGGGUGCUGGUCAAAUGCAGAGAUCUCCAGACCUAAGAGUGAAGACAAAUGCUGCGGGGCCAUCACCUCCCCCCAGAGGGCAGCUGCAGGGGACCCCCCACAAAUGGCCUCCUGGGGACCUUCCAAGCUAAAAAAAAACAAAAACAAAAAAACUUCCUCUUCCUGUAAAAAAAAAUUAACCACAAAAUAAAGAGAAAAAAGUAUCUAAGUAAAACAAAUUCAAAGGGAACCCAAAAUGAAGGGGAUAUGAUUGGGGAUGUAGACUCUAAAUGAUCAUCAUAGUGGAAAUAUCAAUAAUAUGGAAAUAGGUCUUGUAAAUAGGUCUUGUAAAACCCAGUGGAAUUGGGUAUCAUCUAUGGGAGGAAGGGAGGGAAAGAACAUGAAUCCUGUAACGGUGGAAAAAUAUUCUAAAUUAAUUAAAUAAAAAUUUCCAAAUUAAAAAAUAAAAACAAAGGGAACCCAAAAGCAGAGGAUGUUUAUAUUAGCAACAUAUAUUGUAUAUAUUUUAAACAAAUUGUCAACAAUGUGGACUUUGAGGAUUUUGAUAUAAUAAAGCCCAUCUAAUGGAGGGAUAGACAAAAAAUAUAUACAAAGAGGCCAUAGGCAGGGUUAGCAGAAAAUUGUUAACAAAGGAAAAGCAAUAGCGUCAAGAGAGGUCAGGAAAGGCAUCUUGUACAAGGUGGAAUAUUAUUUGGGAUUCAAAAAAAUCCAGGCAAGUCAAUGGGUAGAAAUGAGGAAGUAGAAUUGUCCAGACAAGGAGUGGAGUAGAAGAAAAUGCUCCCAGCUAAAGGAUGGAGUGUCUUUUUUCAGGGAAUAUCCAAGAUGCCAGUGUUACUAGACCUAUGAGUAUGUGGUAGGGGAGAAAUAUGUAAGAAGACUGAAAAGGUAGGAGAAGAUUAAUUUAUG